AUGCCCACAGCUGGUCACGUCUUCCGGCACUCAUCGUGCAUAUCACUCAACCUUCUCACCCAAUUCGCUUCACCCAUCCUCAACAUCCAAGAACUCCUCUCCGCCUUCGCAACCCCCGAGGCCGUUAAAGAGGCGAUAAACAACAUCCUGCGCCGACACCAAAUCACCAACCUGGAUAACAUUACCUCCAUAUGCAGCUUUUGGGCUGAAAUCCUACUGGAUCCCGUUCUCAAAGUGUUGCUGUGGCGAUACGAACAGCGGCAUCCGAAGGCUCCUAGCCUUCUGUUGGAGAUUGCUCGGCUCGAACCUGCAGAGCGUGCGAAUCAGCACGUCCCAGGUGGCCACUCCGUCCCCAACUGUCCUGCCUCAUCGACCUCGAACCCUCAGACUCCCCGGGCAUCGACCCCGAACCCCCAGACUCCUCCGGCCGGACGGGGCACCACCCGGCGUACAUGUACCGUCAUCGAUGUCGAUUGCAAUUGGACCAUGACCUUCUCUCAAGAGGUUCUCGAGAAGUAG